AUGUUUGGCCCCUCGACAGGCCCGCAAACGGGCAUCAACACCCCCCGAUCCUCGCAGUCCCUCCGCCCGCUCAAUCUCUCCCACGGAUCCCUCGAGUUUUCCUUUCUAGUGGCCACAUCCCUUCAUUUCCAUGCCUCACAGCUCAAGGACAGCUUUGCUGCCUCGCUCCCUGAGCCCACCGACGAGCUAGCACAGGACGAUGAGCCUUCGUCCGUGCCGGACCUCGUGGCCCGGUACCUUGGCUUCGUCGCCCAUGAGGUCGAGGAGGGCGAAGAUGACUCUCUUGGCUCGUAUAUCGAAGUCCUCAAACUUGUUCUCAACGAGUUCGAGCGUGCUUUUAUGCGCGGGAACGAUGUCCAUGCCGUUGCUGGCUCCAUACCCGGCAUCCCCGCAAAGAAGCUGCUUAUGGUAGAAAACUACUAUGCGGCCCGUGCAGCGGUAAACAGGCCCACAAAACCCCACGAUUCGGCUCUCCUGCGUGCUGCCACCGAAGGGAACGCAAAGCUGUACAGCAUCUAUGGCGGCCAAGGUAAUAUCGAAGAGUAUUUUGACGAGCUUCGCGAGAUUUACAACACAUAUCCUUCCUUUGUUGAAGACCUCAUCUCCUCUUCUGCAGAACUGUUGCAGUCUCUCGCCAGAGAUCUCGACGCGAUCAAGCUCUAUUCUAAGGGAAUGGACAUUCUCCGCUGGUUACACGACCGAGACACCCAACCGGACACUGACUACCUUGUCUCUGCUCCCGUUAGUCUGCCAUUGAUCGGUCUUGUCCAACUGGCCCACUUCAUGGCCACAUGCAAGGCAAUGGGCAAGGAGCCAGGCGACGUCCUCGAUACUUUCAGUGGUACCACCGGCCACUCUCAGGGCAUUCCAUUACCGCUGCUGCCAUCGCCACCUCAGCAAGCAUACCCUCGCACCUCACUCGCUCCAUCGUUGCUUCAGGACUCCAUCGAGAAUGGAGAAGGUAUCCCGACUCCUAUGUUGUCCAUCCGAGAUCUCCACCGGUCUGCCGUACAGGAACACAUUGAUGCGACAAACCAGCAUCUGCCGGAAGACCGUCACAUUGCCAUCUCCCUAGUUAACAGCCCUCGCAAUUUUGUUGUUACCGGUCCACCAAUCUCCCUCUACGGUCUUAACUUACGUCUCCGUAAGGUUAAAGCGGCCACUGGCCUGGACCAAAACCGCGUACCUUUCACACAGCGAAAGAUCCGCUUUGUCAAUAGGUUCCUGCCUAUCACCGCCCCAUUCCACAGCCAGUACCUUGCUUCUGCCUUCGAAGCUAUCGCUGAGGACGUUGAGGACAUCAAAAUCCCUGCACGAUCCCUACGAAUUCCUGUUUACGAUACGAACACUGGCAAGGAUAUUAGUAAACUCGGGGACGAAGAUAUCGUACCUGCAUUGAUCCGCAUGAUCACCAGUGAUCCCGUUGACUGGGAGAAGGCAACUGUGUUCAGCAAGGCUACCCACAUCGUUGACUUUGGUCCCGGUGGCAUCUCCGGUCUAGGAGUACUUACAAACCGUAACAAGGACGGUACCGGUGUCCGAGUCAUUCUUGGUGGCCUUAUAGACGGCACAAAUGCAGAGGUUGGAUACAAACCUGAAUUAUUUGAUCGGGAUGAAGACCAUGCGGUCAAAUAUGCCGUUGACUGGGUAGAAGUCUACGGCCCCCGACUUGUGAAGACCUCCGUUGGUCAAACGUUUGUGGAUACUAAGAUGAGCAGACUUUUGGGUGUUCCCCCAAUCAUGGUUCCUGGUAUGACUCCUACUACUGUGCCUUGGGACUUCGUUGCUGCAACAAUGAACGCCGGAUACCAGAUCGAGCUCGGUGGAGGUGGCUACUAUAACGCGAAGUCUAUGACAACAGCUCUUACCAAGAUCGAAAAGGCGAUUCCGCCUGGUCGCGGUAUCACUGUUAACUUGAUCUACGUUAAUCCUCGUGCCAUGGCCUGGCAGAUUCCAUUAUUGGCCAAGCUUCGUGCCGACGGUGUUCCGAUCGAAGGUCUCGUUAUUGGUGCCGGUGUACCAUCUAUAGAAGUUGCCAAUGAAUACAUUGAGACCCUCGGAAUUAAGCAUAUCGGUUUCAAGCCCGGUUCUUUGGACGCUAUCCAACAGGUUAUCAACAUUGCCAAGGCAAACCCUAGCUUCCCUGUGAUCCUACAAUGGACCGGUGGUCGUGGCGGUGGACAUCACUCGUUUGAAGAUUUCCACCAGCCUGUCCUUCAAAUGUAUAGUCGUAUCCGUAAGUGCGAUAACAUUGUCCUUGUUGCAGGCAGCGGCUUUGGUGGAUCUAAGGAUACCUACCCAUAUCUCACUGGUAAUUGGUCCCGCCAGUUUGGAUACCCACCCAUGCCGUUCGACGGCUGCCUCUUCGGUAGUCGUAUGAUGGUUGCUAAGGAGGCACACACGUCAAAGGCUGCCAAGCAGGCAAUAGUAGCCGCGCCUGGUGUGGAUGACGCUAAAUGGGAAGACACUUACAAAGGCGCUGCAGGCGGCGUCAUUACCGUACGCUCUGAGAUGGGUGAACCUAUUCACAAACUAGCCACUAGAGGUGUUCUUUUCUGGGCUGAGAUGGAUCAAAAGAUUUUUUCUCUUGACAAGGCCAAGCGACUCCCUGCUCUCAAGAAACAUCGAGACUAUAUCAUCAAAAAACUCAACGAUGACUUCCAGAAAGUAUGGUUCGGGCGUAACUCGAAAGGUAUCACCGUUGACUUGGAGGAUAUGACCUACGCUGAAGUUGUGCACCGCAUGGUUGAACUCAUGUAUGUUAAACAUGAAGCUAGGUGGAUCGAUGACUCACUUAAGAGAUUCACUGGUGAUUUCAUUCGCCGUGUUGAAGAGCGUUUUACAAACGAGAAGAACCAAGAAUCUCGCCUCCAAUCUUACUCGCAGCUUGAUACCCCUUACCCAAUUGUUCAGGAGAUCCUCGAUGCCUACCCUGCGUCUACCGAUCAACUUAUCAACGCUCAGGAUGUUCAGCACUUCCUCCAGCUCUGCCAGAGGCGAGGGCAGAAACCAGUUCCAUUUGUACCGUCCCUGGAUGAGAACUUUGAGUUCUGGUUUAAGAAGGAUUCUCUCUGGCAAUCGGAAGAUAUCGAGGCUGUUGUUGGUCAGGAUGUGGGACGUGUUUGUAUUCUGCAAGGACCCAUGGCUGCCAAGUACUCUACCAUUAUUGAUGAACCAAUCAAAAGUAUCUUGGAUGGCAUACACCAAGACCAUAUUAAAGGCCUUAUCCAAGAUGUCUACAAUGGCGAUGAGUCUAAGGUACCUGUCGUUGAAUACUUCGGUGGUCGACUUGCCCUUGAUGACGAUGAAGAUCGUGACAUUGAUGGUUUAACGAUAUCCGAGGAUUCUACUAGGGUCUCCUACCGCCUUUCAUCCUCCCCAUCCGCCAGCCUUCCAGAGCUUGAUCGGUGGCUCCACCUUUUGGCUGGUAAAGUUUACUCUUGGAGAUAUGCCCUCUUUACUACCGAGGUCUUCAUCCAAGGCCAGCGUUUCCAGACCAACCCUAUCAAACGCAUCCUUGCGCCUACUCGUGGUAUGUUCGUUGAAAUAUCCAAUCCAAAUGACCCAUCGAAGACGAUAAUCAGCAUGCGUGAGCCAUGUCAGUCAGGCAAGCUGGUCAAAACUGUCGAGAUCCGACUUACGGACAAGAACCGCAUCGCGCUCACAUUGUUCGAGGGCCGAACUGCAGAAGGCGGUGUUGUUCCACUUCCAUUCUACUUCACCUACCACCCUGAAACCGGCUAUGCUCCUAUCAGAGAAGUGAUGCAAGGCCGCAACGAUCGUAUCAAGGAAUUUUAUUACCGCGUGUGGUUUGGCGAGCGCACUGUUCCCUUCGACACCCCAGCUGCAGCCAUCUUCGAUGGCGGUCGCACGACUGUUACUCCCCAAGCCAUCGCUGACUUUGUUCACGCUGUUGGUAACACCGGUGAGGCCUUUGUUGAGCGCCACGGAAAAGAAACCUUUGCCCCUAUGGACUUCGCUAUCGUCGCGGGAUGGAAAGCAAUUACCAAGCCAAUCUUCCCUCGCACUAUCGAUGGCGACCUUUUAAAGCUCGUCCAUCUGUCGAACGGUUUCAGAAUGGUCCCUGGCGCAGAGCCGCUCAAGGUCGGAGAUGUCCUCGAUACGACCGCCCAGAUUAAUGCCAUCGUUAACCAGGACUCCGGUAAGAUGGUUGAGGUCUGUGGAACCAUCAAGAGGGACGGUGAACCGAUUAUGCAUGUUACCAGUCAGUUCCUGUACCGAGGUAACUACACUGACUACGAAACCACCUUCUUACGCAAGGACGAAGUUCCAAUGCAGGUAUUUUUGGCCACUUCAAAGGAUGUAGCAGUGUUGCAAUCGAAAGAGUGGUUCCGUCUGGAUGAAGGCAAUGUGGAACUUCUGGGUCAAACCCUUACUUUCCGUCUCCAGAGUUUGGUUCGUUACAAGGAUAAGACUGUCUUCCAGAACAUGCAGACAACUGGUCAGGUCUUGGUUGAACUUCCCACCAAAGAGAUUAUUCAGGUGGGAUCAGUCGACUAUGAUGCCGGAGUUUCCCACGGCAACCCGGUGAUCGAUUAUCUCCAGCGUCAUGGUUCUGCAAUUGAGCAGCCAGUCAACUUUGAGAACCCAAUUCCCCUUAGCAAGACCCCUCUAGUUCUCAAAGCUCCCGCUUCUAACGAAACAUAUGCUAGAGUCUCUGGCGACUAUAACCCAAUCCAUGUCUCUAGAGUUUUCUCCAGCUAUGCCCACUUGCCGGGAACCAUCACUCACGGCAUGUAUACUAGUGCUGCUGUCAGAAGUCUUGUUGAAACCUGGGCUGCCGAGAACAACAUCGGUCGUGUUCGUAGCUUCCACGCUUCACUCGUCGGAAUGGUUCUUCCCAACGAUGAUCUCGUUGUCAAACUCCAGCAUGUCGGUAUGAUUGCUGGCCGCAAGAUUAUCCAGGUUGAAACCAGUAACCAGGCUACUGAGGAGAAGGUUUUGAUUGGUGAAGCUGAAGUCGAGCAGCCUGUUUCUUCGUACGUUUUCACUGGUCAAGGUUCUCAGGAGCAAGGAAUGGGUAUGGACCUUUAUGCCACCAGCCCUGUCGCCAAGGAAGUAUGGGACCGCGCCGAUCGCCAUUUCAUGGAGAAUUACGGUUUCUCUAUCAUUGAUAUUGUCAAAAACAACCCUCAGGAGCUGACUGUACAUUUCGGUGGACCACGUGGAAAGAACAUUCGGCAAAACUAUAUGUCUAUGACUUUCGAAACAGUCAACGCCGAUGGAUCUAUCAAGUCUGAGAAGAUAUUCAAGGAGGUUGAUGAGAAAACUACUUCUUACACCUAUAAAUCUCCUACCGGCUUAUUGUCCGCAACUCAGUUCACCCAGCCGGCCCUCACGCUAAUGGAGAAAGCCAGUUUCGAGGACAUGCGCUCCAAGGGUCUCGUCCAGCGAGACAGCAGUUUCGCGGGCCACUCCUUGGGAGAGUACUCUGCUCUUGCUGCCCUUGCUGAGGUCAUGCCAAUUGAGAGUCUUGUCUCGGUCGUGUUCUACCGUGGUUUGACAAUGCAAGUUGCAGUCGAACGUGACGAACUGGGCCGGUCCAACUACUCAAUGUGCGCUGUUAACCCCAGCCGUAUCUCCCAGACUUUCAAUGAACAAGCUCUUCAGUAUGUGGUUGAAAACAUUUCGGAGACUACAGGCUGGCUGCUCGAGAUUGUCAACUACAACGUUGCCAACAUGCAGUAUGUUUGUGCUGGUGAUCUUCGAGCGCUUGACAGUUUGACGAAUGUCCUUAAUGUCCUCAAGGCGCAAAAGAUAGAUAUCCCUGCCCUUAUGCAGACCAUGUCUCUCGAAGACGUGAAAUCACACCUCGUCCAAAUUAUCGAUGAAUGCGUGAAACAGACAAAUGCUAAACCGCAGCCUAUUGUUCUCGAGCGUGGAUUUGCAACCAUCCCACUCAAGGGUAUCGAUGUGCCUUUCCACAGUACUUUCCUUCGCUCCGGUGUCAAGCCCUUCCGAUCUUUCUUGCUUAAGAAGAUUAACAAGACGACCAUUGAUCCAAGCAAACUGAUCGGCAAAUACAUUCCGAACGUUACCGCUCGUCCAUUUGAGCUUACCAGGGAGUAUUUCGAAGAUGUAUACCGACUUACCAAUUCACCCCGCAUUGGAAAUAUUUUGGCAAACUGGGAUAAAUAUGAAGAACCCCAAGAUACCCCCACUGAAUCUACUGCCUCGCCUUGA